UCAGAAAUGUGGGCAUAUUUUUUGUCAUGGACAUUUCAUGUGCAGAUUGGGAAUUUCAAGUAACAAUGUAAUAUAGUUCUUUUGGUAGAGUCAAACAAAGAAGUAAUCAUUUCAAUAAAAAACAAAGAAGUAAUAUAAUCUUCUCUUAUUUGCUAUUAAUUUUCAUUUUUUAUAAUCUUGACAAAUUUGGACUACACUUCUAACCUUUCUUGAAACAUUAUAUUCAUCUGUUCAAUUCCAAGUCUUACAAGUUCUAUUUGACCAUUUGACCAAUUCAGUCCUGCAUUUGGACAGCUAUUUUUUGGCAAUCUUUGAUCAACUUAAACUAUAAAAGGCACCAACAUUAGCUUCAAGUACAACACAGCCUGCAAGUUCAAACUCAAGAGCUCACUGCCACCAAAACACAGAGAAGUCCCUUUUUUAUUUAAACACUUCAACAUUGGUUCUGCUAAAUCCUUGGCAAUGGAAUAUCAACAUGUAAUAGGAGGAAUUCUAGCUUCUGUUUUGGGGUUUGUACUGUUGUAUAGAUCAAGAGGAAUGAAGAAAACUGAAGAAUCAAGGGAAAAUGCGAGAGAUGAAGUUGUGAAGAGCUCAGAACAAGUGAUAUGCCAGUCAGGGAAUGCCGUGAAUACUGAUAUUAUUAUUGUUGGAGCAGGAGUUGCUGGGUCUGCUCUUGCCUUACACUCUUGGCAAGUGUGGAAGGAGAGUGCACGUGAUUGAAAGAGACCUGACUCUGCCUGACAGAAUUGUUGGAGAACUUCUGCAACCUGGGGGUUACCUGAAAUUAAUUGAGUUAGGCCUUAAAGAUGAGAAAUUGUUAUAUAUUUUAUGGAUUGUUGAAUCAGUAUGAAUUCCAUCAAUCUUUCCGUCUGAGUCUACUAUUAUUGAAUUUUUGCUCUAAUCUUAAAAUGCAUGCUUGGUUGCAGACUGUGUAGAAGAAAUUGAUGCUCAACAGGUAUUUGGAUAUGCUCUUUACAAAAAUGGAAGAAGCACUAAACUGUCAUAUCCCGUGCAAAGCUUUGAUCUAGAUGUGGCUGGAAGAAGUUUUCACAAUGGACGUUUCAUUCAAAAGAUGCGUGAAAAAGCUGCUUCUUUACUCAAUGUAAAAUUGGAGGAAGGGACAGUAGCAUCCCUAAUUGAUUUAAAGGGGACAAUAAAGGGUGUGCAAUACAAAACUAAAAAUGGUCAAGAAUUUAUAGCUUGUGCUCCACUUACAAUAGUAUGCGAUGGUUGUUUUUCAAAUUUGCGACGUUCUCUUUGCAAUCCUAAGGUGGAUAUCCCCUCUUGUUUUGUGGCAUUGAUCUUAGAGAAUUGUGAGCUUCCAUAUCCAAAUCAUGGACACGUUGUUCUAGCAGACCCUUCACCAAUCUUGUUCUAUCGUAUUAGUAGCUCUGAAAUUCGAUGCUUG